AUCGCCAUCAUCCCUUCCUGCUAUCCUUAAACCUGAUAUCAUGCCAGGACAGACUUCCCCAACCUCUCCAUCAUGGAGUGCCUCAAUCCCCACUCAGCCAUUCCACUUUCGUCUCCGUACUGAGCCGAUUGACUGGCGGCGCAUGGCAGCAAUGGAUGUGGACCGUGUGGAGAGAGAAACAGACAUAAAUGUGUUGCAGGAGUUUAUCAGUGCCGUGACUUUCUGCACCGUGGAGAGUGAACGGUGUCCUCAGUGCCGAUGUCCAAUUGACAUUACACUGCUAAACGUUCUGCGUAUGUCCCAGUUCAGUACAGAGUAUCUGCUGCACUGCCAGGAAUAUCUGAGCUCACAGGUGGCAGCGCUGGAGGAACGGCUGCAGAGAACUCUGUCCCAGACACUGCGCGAGGAAGAGGAGCGAGCACGACUCGAAAAAGAGCUACAGGAAGUCAAACUGGAGAGCAGGCGUAGGAAGAAACUUAUCUCUACUCAACAGCUCCUUCUGCAGUCCAGUGCCAAUAAUUACCACAAGUGCCAGUUCUGUGAGAAGUCUUUCGUCAAUUACUCUUACUUACAGUCUCAUGUUCAGCGCCGGCACCCUGAGAUCACCGAUGCAGAGAGACAUAAGAAGAUGCAAGUGGAGCAGAUGAAGAACGAACUGGAGGAACUAAAGGAGAAACUAAGACUGACUCAGAGUCGCCUCGAAGCAGAGAGAGAGUCAGAUGUGUAUCGGAGACAGCAGGAGAUGGAGGAGGGGGACACGGUGGCUUAG